CAUAGUAAGACUAGAACAUGUAAUAUGUCUGGCAUGAACCACCGCUCUGUUUUCUUUUCGUUGUAUUGACGCCAUUUGAUGAGACGGCACUGAAUUCCCUCCUGGUACCGGUGACCUAGCGUCCUGGAAAGUCACGCUGGAACGCAGCGAGCGUCCAAUCCCAUCACGCGCGAACGCCAUUUGGACCACACCAAGUAUCUAGCCUAACCCUCCUCCUGUUUCGUCUUCAAGAUCGCUACACUCUCGAAGUAAAAGCCUGUUGUCUAGUCUCCAAGGCUUUGAACCAGCAUCAGCAUAUAUUGACCAAAUUCGAAUUUCUUCUAGGCCCUGAAGCAGUACCAUCUUCCGACAUGGAUUCAGACGCUCUUCGGCCCCUCACUUUGGAGGCACUGCCUCCCGAGCUCAUCCAAGAUAUUGCCGCCAAAUGCGAACCGGACACAUGGCAGAUUGAUGUAAACUCACUGGCCAGAACAAGCCGCUAUCUACACCAUUGUGUGAAUGCACAGCUAUAUCGAUACAACUAUCGGAUCGGCCGAGAUCCAUAUACGGGUGGUCCCGAGCAUGCUCAGGACUGGGCACUGAGGAUGAAUCGCCUGUCCACUUUUGUGAGAACCUACGAAUUAGGUAUACGAGUUGACAAGCCUCACUAUUUGUUUCUCAAUGCGGUUGAAAAUCACGAUAUUGCCAUUAUUGAGUACUUGCUGUCCACAAAAGACGUGGACAUCAAACAGCGUGAUGAUUACGGCUAUCCAGCCCUCUACUGGGCCGUGGGCCCGCACAAAAGCACAAGCGGUGGGUUGCCCCGGCAGACUGUUGAGCUACUCAUCGCGCGUGGAGCAGAAGUCGACGCACCCGAUUUGGGAAUUGACAAGCUACCCAUGGGACGAGCAUGCAUGUAUGGCGACAUCGACAUUGUCAAGCUUCUUCUUGCCAAUGGAGCCAAUGUCAACCCGCCGACCGAGGACACUGUUGAUACAGGAAGCCGGGUCGAUUCCGAACGCUAUGGCUACGGGCCUCUUCACUAUGCGGCUGAUUUUAAUCACGUCGAGGUCAUACGUCUUCUCCUAGACCAUGGAGCAAAGAUCGAGUCAGCGUACUCCGACACUACAUGUACCCCUUUAUGGGUUGCUGCAGGGGCCGGAAAUCUCGCAUCUACUCGGUUUCUUCUCCAAGCAGGGGCCAAGGCAAACCCUCGCGGUACUGGGUUGUCUCCUCUUGAACACCUAUUUUCAUCCUUGAACGAGGGUCAAAAUGCGUGGCCGCCUCAGGCACCCUAUUUUUUCCAUUCGUCGUGUGUAUUUGCGCUUCUUGAAGCCGGCGCAUUGCCGAACACGCGGCUGCUAGACCGUGCUCUCGCUCAGAAACUUUCCGAAAUAGCCUGUGGCUUGGUUAAGUACGGCGUCGACCUGAGCUCUCAAGAGCCAUGGUUACUAUCUGAAAUCCUGAGGACGCACCCGUGGGACUGCUCCGCAUUAAUCAGGACCCUGGUUGGAAAGGGGUUCGAUUGUAAUAUGCGUCACCCAGAGGUUGGACUGGCACCCAUACAUAUUGCGGCCUACCGGAACGACACCCAAGCGAUCCGGGUGCUGCUCAAACUCGGGGCAGACAUUGAGCAGAGGGAUGAUUUGGGGCGAACUCCCCUCCGAUGUGCGAUCAGCACAAGAUUUGAGAGGCCCUCCGCAACUGAGGCUAUUGAGCUGCUACUGAAGAGAGGAUCGGACCCAUUGGCUCCAGACCGUCGACUGAAGACACCACUCCAUGCAGCCGCACAUUUAGGCGACGUGGCAACGAUGAAAUUGCUGCUGGAGUCGGACAUGUUUGGAGACGACUUGAGCCCGCGGGACCAUAGCGGCAAGACUCCCAUCUUCUACGCGGCAGAGAACGGAAACUAUGAGGUGCUGAAACUUCUCCUCGAGAACGGCCGCUCGGCAGAAUGCUACCAGCUUCGUGGCCAUAUGGAUGGCGACCAACCUUGCAAUAACCAUGAGGACGAGGAUGGCUGUACUCCUCUCAUAGCUGCAGCCCGUCAUGUGGGAGACAACAACGAUAACGACCUGCGAUCCGUGGAGAUCCUUCUCAGGGCAAAUCCGACCGAGUUUGACGCCAAGGAUCCGUCAGGCUAUGGUCUACUCGACAUCCGCCCUGGCAACAAGAGGCUUGAAGACAUAAUCAAUGAGCUAGCGCAGCAAUCGAAAAGAUCCGGCAAAGAGGCCAUCGAACGAUCACGUCACUGAAAAGGAGUAGAGGUUGAUCGGACCACAUUUUUCAAUCCUCCGUAACAAUGGUACUCGAACUCAACGGGAGGCAACGGAAUACC